AUGGUCUCGGAAAUACAAGGUGCUUACUUCGCGGGCCCACCAAAGGUGGAGUUACCAGCCCCAGCCGUUUCGGGUGCGGCCUCUCUCAUUUCCCUGACUGCGUUGAGUGCGGCCAUGUUCAGCGAGAGAAGAUACUGCUGCUAUCAGGUUCACCUGGAGGUGCCGUGGCCCAAUCAGUGUACCGUUGCACAGGUUGUGGGCACGGCAGUGUCCCGUCUUCCAGCCCCCAGUCUCCACGGUCACGCGUUACUUAGCAUCUCUGGGCCUUAUCCUCCACGUGAGUACGAAGGUGCCCGGCGCAGGACCGAAAACAGACAUUCAAAGUACUGA